CGAAGCGUUGUUGUGAAUCCAAUAUGGCGAUAUUUGAUGUUACACUAUUUUGAAGGUACGUCAUUUUGACGAUUGUAUAAUGGUAAUUCCGAAGUGCAUAUGAUUUUAUACAAAUGGGAGUUAAAUAAUCUAUUAUUCGGGUGCAAAAGAUUAGCGCCUUAAUAAUUGAUUUAUUAUUUGAGUACAUACUCUUUAGAGCGCUGACUAUCAUGACAGACACGAAACGAAGAGUAAAGCUUUACGCUCUGAACGCUGACCGACAAUGGGACGACAGAGGUACAGGACAUGUUACAUCGUGUUGUGUGGAAAGAUUGAAGGGUACUGCCCUUCUUGUGAGAGCAGAAUCCGAUGGUUCCCUUCUUUUGGAGAGCAAAAUACAACAAGACACAGCAUACCAAAAACAACAAGACACGCUUAUAGUAUGGUCAGAAGGCGACAAUUUUGACUUAGCACUAAGUUUUCAAGAAAAAGCUGGCUGUGACGAAGUUUGGGAAAAGAUAUGUCAGGUGCAAGGAAAAGAUCCAUCAGUUGAAAUCACACAAGAUAUUGUUGAGGAAUCUGAAGAUGAGAGAUUUGAUGAAAUGUCUGAUAAUGUACAGCCUGUAGAAUUACCUGCUUGUGAGAUGGGUCGUUUAGAGGACAUCAGUGAACUUGUAAACAGUUGCUUAGUAUCACCGGCACGCAAGGAUAAGCUUGCAGCUGCAUUAGAAAGCCAACACUAUAUAAAGAAACUACUCAAUUUAUUUCAUAUGUGUGAAGAUAUAGAAAACAUAGAAGGAUUGCAUCAUCUUUAUGAAAUUUUCAAGAGUAUAUUUCUUCUAAAUAAAAACACAUUAUUUGACACAAUGUUCGCAGAUGAUACUAUAUUUGAUGUGGUUGGCUGUUUAGAGUAUGACCCAAGUUUGCCACAACCUAAAAAGCACAGAGAAUAUCUUAGGGAACUAGCAAAGUUUCGUGAGGCAAUUCCUAUUAAGAAUCAAGAUUUGUUAGCAAAGAUUCAUCAAACAUAUAGAGUACAGUAUAUACAAGAUAUUGUAUUGCCUACUCCCACAGUUUUUGAGGAUAAUCUGCUUAGCACAUUAUCUAGUUUUAUAUUUUUCAAUAAGGUAGAAAUAGUGAAGCUCAUAGAGGAUGAUGAGAAAUUUUUAACUGAUUUGUUUAAGCUGCUUAUGGAUGAUAAAACACCAGACUCAAAGAGACGUGAUUUAGUUUUAUUUUUAAAGGAAUUUUGUAAUUUCUCACAAAAUCUACAGCCACAGGACAAGGAUACAUUUUACAAGACGCUAGUUUCACUGGGCAUUCUGCCAGCUUUAGAGAUAACUCUAAGUAUAGAUGAUCAGAAGACGAAGACUGCAUCUAUAGAUAUUUUAACAUAUAUUGUGGAAUUUUCACCAUCUGUGGUGAGGGAUUAUACAUUACAACAUGCUAAUAAUACAGAAGAGAUUAUUUUUCAGGAGCAAAUGCUUCUAAAUAUAGUAAUAGAGCAAAUGCUUCGGGAUCGUGACCCUGAACUUGGAGGAGCAGUGCAAUUGAUGGGGGUUUUACGCAUUCUCCUUGACCCUGAGAGUAUGCUUGCAUCUGUUAACAAGAGUGAAAAGGCAGAUUUUCUAAAUUUCUUCUACAAACACAGUAUACAGACACUUAUAGCACCAUUACUAGAGAAUACUACAGGGGAGAAGCCAUUAAGGGAGGAUUAUCACACUGUACAACUAUUGGGAUUAGUGUUGGAAUUGCUGUCCUUCUGUGUUGAACAUCACACAUACCAUAUCAAGACCUGCAUAUUAAAUAAGGACCUCCUUCGUCGCAUCUUAGUACUUAUGCGGUCGACACACACAUUCCUGGUGCUAGGCGCGCUUAGGUUUAUGAGAAAAAUAAUCGCGCUUAAAGAUGAAUAUUAUAACAGAUACAUCAUAAAAGGAAACCUAUUUGCACCAGUUGUUGAUGCCUUUCUGCGAAAUAACGGCAGAUAUAAUUUAUUGGACUCUGCUGUAUUAGAAUUAUUUGAAUUCAUCAAGUUAGAAGAUAUUAAAUCAUUAUGUUCACAUGUUGUGGAGAAUUACGGAAAGAUUUUAGAAGAUGUGGAAUACGUACAGACAUUCAGAACUUUAAAGAUGAGAUAUGAUCAACAUCAAGACAAAUUAUCGAAAGAAAGAGAAAGAGUGAGCGGCAGCGUGGGCGUGGCUGAGGCCGUGGUGCCGUCGCUGUUGCGUACGCGGUACAGGCGUGAGGCGCGCGCGCCUGACGAUGAGGAGGAGAUGUGGUUUAACGACGACGACGAGCUCGACGACGAUGCGCCGCUCGACGCCGCUCAGGCGCACGCACACGCGCACGCACAUGCGCACGCACACGCGCACGCGCACCAUGCGCUCGACGCUAUCGGGAAAAUAGUUGAAAAGAAAGUGUGCUCAAGUACGGAAAAUGCAAAUGGUCCAAGCAGAGUGUUGCUGAGCACAACUGCGGCCAGCAAGCCAACACACACUGAUGUUCAGGUAUCUUCGCCCAGAUUACUCAAUAAGGGCCUGGUGGACUACGAUGGAGACUCUGAUGAGGAGGAGGAGGGCGGCGGGGGCGGCGGCGGAGGCGGCGGCGGCAGCGGCGAGGAGCGUGACGCUAAGCGGCCGCGCCUGGCGUAGUGUCUCCAUAAGCUGCAGCGUACUAGUUUCAAGGAAUAUAUGAGCUCUCCGCCCCGUCUCGCUGCUGUGCAUUAUCCAGUAACGCGAAGGAAUACUGUAAGGAAAUAUUGUAUGGUAUUCUAGGUCUAGGGCGUGUUAAUGAGAUGAGAACACGGUUUGACUGAGCUUUACAACAUGUAAAGAAUACAAAAGGACAAGACGAAAUUCAGAUAAUAUUCACAAUAAUACCAUAUAAGUCAAUAACAGCCUCCAAGGAACGAAGAUCUAACAUGAAAAUAUUAACUUAAUACCAAAUCAGCCAUCAUAAUAUCCCAAUUAAUAUAAAAAGUAAAAAAUUCGAAAGUUAUUUUCCAAUUUAGUCUAUCGGGGAACAUUGUUUAAUUUUAUCAAUAAUAUUACUGGACUUCGCCUUGGUAUAAUUUGAUUGUUACACCUUAAUAUUGAAUUUUUCUCAGAUGAUGUAGUUGUGAGAAGUCAUUCUUGUUUUGUAUCAAAACGUGACUCGUCGGGCAUAUGGAUCAAGUUAUAUGACUGAUUUUAUUUGUAACUAGAAAAAUUGAGAAAUGGUUAAACAGUUAGAUAAAGGUUAAUCGUUAAAUGUGUGUUGAAUAUAGUAACUAGUGAGCUAUAUAAAUUGAUCCAUCCCGACUUUCAUCUCCUUAAAAUACCCUUGAACAGGGAUGCAAGGUUGUGUUAACUGUAAGUAUCAAAAAUUAAAAGUUUAGACAUGAAAUUAAAUUUCUAUUAAAAGUUUACAUAUGAGCUUUAAUUUCAUGUUUAAAUUCGUACCUUUCUAUUUUCGAUAAUUUAUGAUUACAUUAAUAUAUUAAACAAAAUGUGUAACGCAUUAUAUGUAGACCAAAAAUUUUUGGAUAAACUAUGAUACAUGAAAUAGAAUCAACAUGGGAUUGUUUUACUGUGUUUGAUACUAUGCUAUCAUGUUUUUCUAUAUUACUGAAUAAGUAUCAUAUAGUUAACGCAACAUUGCGAGUCCCAUAACACGAAUAGCCGCUAGACAGUAAAGUACUUUUAGUCGGGUUACGUCCAUUUUGUGUAAAUAAUAUGAGUGCUGACAUUAAGUGUCCACUUUCACAGCUAGUAAACGUAUGAACCUUUUCAUACAUAGUAUAAUUACUUUAAAUGGUAUCAGAAUGUAGAACAAUAUAUUGGUUAUGAAAUAUUUAAAUGUCAAAUAAUUUAACGGUUAGGUUACUUUGCCGGCGAAUCAUAAUCACAAAAGUACAAAGACAAAUGUGUGUGGGAACUACACGUCUAGUGAUAAUAGAACACCGCAAGUGUGAAUGUGUAAAAACAUGUUUAUAAAAAAAAUCUUCAUUUUACUAUAUGACAAGACCAAUAAUUUUUUAAUAUGAAUUGAAAUAAGUGCUGUGGAAUUGCUACUCACUAAUGUGUUUAUAUAAUGAAUAUUAAAAAAAUCGUAUUUUCUCAAUAAUACCCAUAAAAAUUUAUAACAAUUUAUAUUUUAGUUAGUUGAAUCCUGAAUCAGAUUACACUAUCACAUCAAAUUUUGGAAAUUUAAUAAUAUAUAUGGUAAUUACAAUAUUUUCCUGUAUAACUACAUUAUUAAUAAGAAAAUUGCUUUCAUCAUUAAGAAUUUCUUAUUAUAACAUGAAUUUAACAACUAACUAGAAACAGUAAAAAUAAUCUGCAGUUAAAUUGUGUACACACUUUCAUAGGUAUUUAUUGUUAAAACUUGAUGUGAUAGUGUUAGAAUCUAUAGUAACAUUGGCUACUGCAGUGUUAUCCAUAAUAUUUACCUUUCAACUUCAAUGUGAUUAAUAUUAAAGAUGCCAGAUUAUGUUUCAGUAGGGCUGCCAUCUAUAUAAUUUUUUAAUGAAAUAAUUUAUCAAACUCAUUAUAUUUAUUCUUAAAAGUUAUAUUUUACAUACAUUACAUGAUUGGGGUGUGUGUAUGUGUCUAUUGUAUUAAAAAUAAUUUUGUGUAAUUUCUAGGAAUGUCAGCCCUAUUUUUCAGCAAUGGUAAUGUUGGACACAUGGCUAUGAGUACAUUAGUUUUUUUGGUUCUUUGUUGCUUUUUCUUUCAUAAACGCUGUGUGGAGAAAACAGCAUGUUUCUGUAGCAUAAAUUAAAAAAAAAAAGUAGUUUAUGUUUUUCUUUUCUUUACAUUUUUAAAACUAAGAAACAUUGGAAUAGAGGUUACAUAGUUUGAUAUAUAAUAACACAAAUGUAUAAAUUUCUUUAAACAAUUGAGCCAUGCUGUUUUGAAACUUCUGAGAGCUACAUAAACAUGGAAGUCAAAGCUCUAACUUGACAUCUAAAAACGUAAAUAGCUUAACUCCGUACUUAAUACGGAUUGGACAUGUAUUGAUAAAGGCCUGCUAGGAUAUAUUCCUAUUGUCCUAAAAAAUAUUGUGUAUUAAGUAUCCAUAAUUAUUUUAUAGGAUGAUUAACUUGAAGGCAUCAUAUUUUCAGGCCAUGGAACCUAUUUUUAAUAAUUUUGCAUUCCUUAAAAUCUUGAAUGAUGAGCUUCCUUCAGAUAUGAAAAAUAUAGAUAUUUUUGGGUUUGAAUCAUAUAUCCAAUUUAGUUUGGGGUUUUAAUGUCAGAGAUUUGGGCUUUUGACAUAGACUAUUCUCUACAUGUUUUUGAAACUACAUCAAUGAUCACCGAGAUAUUAUAGCAUAACUAUGUCCUACCUAGUGUAUAUGUAACGGAAUAGUAUUUAGGUAAUUAACUAUUUUUAUCUAUUGGAAGCUCAUAAUUUGUUGAAAGUAGAGAACCAUCUAUAUAAUUUGCCUUUACUAAAUCCUGAAUAUGCUUGCAUGUUUAUCUGGAUCUUGAAUCGGUUUAUUUAAUUUUCAUGAAGAGGUUUAUGGCUAGGCUAUUUAAGUUUUUUGAUAUACAAAUCUUCAAGUCUAUUUUCUUUCUAGUUUCUAUAUUGUGCUUUGCGAAUGGUUGUACAAAUUUUUGUUCUAAUCAAUAUUCUUGCAUAUUAACAUUGGUCGAAACCAAGUCUGUUGCACAAUUAACUAUACUUGAUCUAAAUAAAGUUAAUAAAUAUAAUUGGGCAUCAGACUCGGGCUGGCUGACAGUGUUGAAAGGGAUAAUUAAGAAUUUUAGCUUGAUAGUGUUUUGAGAUCCAGAUUUAUAUGUUUUGGAAAUAUUUUACGGCAGCUAUUUAUAUAGUGUAUUAUUAGUUAAUAGUUGUCGGGAACGCUAUGCGUAGAAUUUAUGUGCAGUCUUCUUCAUGGUCUUUGUAAAUAUAUGGUGUUUAUUACACGAAAUAUCGUCAAGUUAACAAUAUUUUUUAUGCCUUAUUUUUGAUGUACUUCUUUUUUUCUCUAAGUAUAAUGUUAUUUUUGUCCAUACUUUAGAAGGUCUAAUAUUUCGUGUAACAUAAUGCUAGGCCUCUGUCAUAGUGUUCAACUUCUGAUUGGACUUAAGUAGAUUCUGAUCUAUAUUAUAUAAAUUUGAUCUCUAUUGUGAUUGCCACAUUUUCAAACUAAAAAGUUUAAAAGGAGACAUAAUAAAUAUUUGUAAUUAAUUUUUCACAAUUAGUAUUAAUAUUUAUCUGAGAUUACGAUUUAUAGCAUGUUACAGUUGCAUGUUCUUAUUGCUUUACUUAGAAUGAGUAUGUCAGUAUUAGUUUCUUUACUUUCAACAAAUCAAAAUGGUUCAAUAGUCACGAUUGUGGCUUUUAUACACUGCAAAAGUAAUGUGUAUGUGAUAAACUUAUCUGAUUAAGAUUCAUUUUAUUACUGUUAACCUCUAGUUUUAUCGUUCGUAUUUUGUAAAUAAUAUUAGAUUUUGUAAAAUAUAUUUAAUCUGGUGAUCAUCUAAGUACACACGGUAUGUAAAGCAGUGAAUUAGAAUCGCUUUCACCUCACUUAUCGCCAGAAAUGUGGUAUUAAAUAGACAUUUCAUGUGGUCCAAACUUUAUUUUAUUCUACCUUUAUAUAACAUUUAUGUAGGCUUGUGUUUGAAUGUACACAAUAAUACAAACACUUCCUUAUAUGAUAAGGAAUAGUUAAUACAGAUAGUUCAACUGAUUAUUAAUUUUAUUGUUGAUACUAAAUACCCGUCAGUGUUAAAAAAAAAAAAAAAUACUUAUUGAGACAUAGUCAAAAUUUAGGACCAAAGCAUGUAAAUAUUUGUGUUCUAUGUCAUAGACAUAGAUCCUGUGUAGAUGGCGACUUUUAGCAUUAAUUAGCUGUUUUAUAGCAUUACUGAUACCACAUGCAUAACUCGCAUUUACUAUGAAUACGAUGUGCCUAAUGACGUUUCUAAGUAAGAUAUGUGCGACUGACGUUGAUUGCUUUCUUUGCUAGUUGUUACAUUACACUAUUUUAAUGUAAAAGUCUCCUUAUGCACAGGUCCAUAAGUAUACAUAUUUUAAUGAAAUAAUAACUAUACAUGAGCAAAUGUUUGUGGAUUUUUUUUUUCUUUGAAACAAAUUUUAAGUAUAUUAAUGAUUGAUUAAUAAUUAAAGGGGUUUACUAAAAAUACUCAAUAACAGGGAAUUCUUGUGACGUAAUUGUAUGGAAAUGUCUAUAAUUAGUUUAUUGUAACCAAUAUAAAAAAAUAUGAGUAAUAAAGCCGAUUUUUCUUAAAGCAUCACAUAAAUAAGUCAUUUAAUAUAAUUUAUAAUUUUUACUACCAAGUCAAAUCGUAUACAUUAUACUAUGUGCAGUGAUUACUUUAUAAUUCUCUAUCAAACUGAACCUUAUGGAUAAUUAUUACUAAGUUUUAUAUAAAACGCAAUUACAAGGACCUAUGUGCGGGUAAUAAAUAUUAUUACAGGAUAAUUUAAUAACUGAUGAUCAUGAUCAGUUAAUUGGUUAAUUAAAAAAUCCUGUGAUUCAUUUUUGUUACUAUAUACUGAAAUUUUUCUUAAUUACACAAAUGAAGUAAGAAAACCAGAAUGAGUAAAAAAAUAUAAAAUGCAUGUGUUGAAACAUUGUUUGUGUAGGUAUAAGUCAGUGUCCAGUAACUGCCUGCUUUUAAUUUGUAGGGUUGAUUUGCCUACUUUGAGAGAGUAACAUAUUCGGUGCUGAGCAACCAACGUUAUACAAAUAAUACAAACAACGUUAAAAUUACAAAAAUAUUGGGUAUAAGUAUAGUAGCGGUUAUAAAAAAUAAUGUCACCGUUUAUGCAUACAAUUUCAGUAUGAAUGAGUGCGAAACAAACUUUCGGUCUGAAAUUUCGGAAUUAGCUUUCUUGGUAGAUCGGCAGUAUAUUAAGAGUUACAUAAUGGUAUCAAUUCCAAUUAUUCUAUUUAUUAUAACAGUAUCUAAUUUUAUAAUUUCUUAAUUGUUAAUUAAUCCAAAUAUACAUAUCAAUGUAUCAAACAAAGAAACAUUUGAUCUCUAUAUAAAAUAAUAAAGUACUUGUCACGUUUGCAACACGUCUUCGUAUCUUUGGAUGAUGGUCUCACUUGUUACCAGCACAUUCUUCAGCUUAUAUUUCAUUGCAUACUAACAAUAAGUGUACUACAAUAAAUGCACAGAAUAAAGCGAGGCGAAUUAUUAAAUACGUGGGAUGAAUUUGUCAGAAUAUAUUGUAAAUAUAUAAACGUUUUAUGUAAUAAUUUUAUUUUGAAAUCUGCCAACAUCCACGUGUAUAAUAGAAUCGAGCUGUCAAUUAGAUUUAUACGAUUCUUAUAUUCCUUGAAAUAACUUCCCGUUAAUAUUAUACGAAGUUCUAGGUGAAAGUAGACUGUAAUGAUGACUAUUUUUUAUUAUCUGUCUAGGUGGAUGACCAUCAUAAACUAAUUUAUACACAGAAUAAAAAUAGAUUUACCUAUUGGCAAGUUGUGUAAAGUAAAUAAGCUUACUAUAAUGCUAUUACUAUGAUGUCACUAGUUAAGUAAGCAAUAUAAAUAUAAGGUAAUAUGAACAGA